UGUCCACCAUCUCAGCCCCCGAGCCUUGUGCGCCUCGCGCGUCUUAUCAUCCAUCUCCAGAGCGACGACCUGAUCCUCCACGGGAACUGGUGUCAGUGUCGUCCGGCGAAUCCGGAAAAUCUGAUAAGUCACAGACUGAACGUUUGACCUCUUGAACUCUAACCAGAAGGCUAUAUUCUCCCUUUCCAUCUGAGGGAUGGAACGGAAAAGGAAGUAUGCCUGUCACCACCGCAAUGAGUGAGCCAUCGUCUCAUCACUCGGGGAGGCUUGCUUCGUUGGCCCGCUCACUAUCUGGGCUAGGGCUGGAUGCCGCCAAUGGAGGCCUUAUCAACCUCUCUAAUGAUGACGAGCCUCCUCCCCCGGAGUCUGGCAUUGAACUAGGCCCUGGACUGUUCUUUGCUGAUGGCAGGCGAAAGGUGGACUACGUUCUUUGCUACAAGUACAAAAAAAGGCGAGGAUCCAAGUCACGCCUUUCCAUUUCAUCCAAUGGAAGUAUACCAAUAUCAGUCUCAGGUCGUCGGGAUACAGAACCGGAGAUCGCAGAGGCAGGCAUGGUGGCCGCGGAUACGGAGGAGUCAAAGCUGACGGAAGAGGAGAAGGCCGUUAUGAGGGAGGAGUUUGAAUCUGGCCUGCUGGAGGCUGGGCUACAGAUAGAACGUGAUAAGGAGAAAUCACAUGGUAUAGGGUUUAUUCGGCUGCACAUCCCAUGGCCAAUACUCAGCCGGGAAGCGGAGCUUCAGAAGAUCAAAGUUGCUGUGAAAAAGAAGUUUGAAUUGCGGGAACGGACAGGCGUCGCUGGAUUGUGGGAUCGCAUGAUGACCCAUAUCGUCAAACCGUUUCAACCUGACGUUCCUGAUUUUGACAUACACAAAGACGCGCAGACACGCGUCCGCCUCAAAACCCUCAAACACCCCUUUAUCAGAGACAAGCUCCACCUGUAUGACAUCAAGUCAACAGAAACCCUAUUUGACAAUGCCACACGCAGCAGAAUAGUUGCUGAGAUUAUGUCUCGCACUACCUGCACACAAACUUGCCAAACCACUGGCAUCACGUCAUUAUUGGCUCGAGGUGUCUACGACUCUGCCUUCCCUCUGCAUGACGGGUCAUUCACAAGGAGAGGGCAGAGAGAUCAACGAAAUGACAGACAGCUCCUUCAUGAGGAAUGGGCCAACUAUGGGGUCAUGCAUAAAUACCAGCCCGUGGACCUGAUCAGGAAGUACUUUGGAGAACAGAUUGGGUUAUAUUUUGCCUGGUUGGGUGUCUACACCCAGCUCCUCAUCCCUCCGUCUGUACUGGGGAUCAUUGUCUUCUUGUAUGGCAUAUUUACUGUCGACGCCAACGUGCCGAGUCAGGAGACAUGCGAUGUCAAUGUGAACAUCACCAUGUGUCCACUGUGUGAUGGAGUGUGUGACUACUGGCUUCUGAGUUCGGUGUGCUCGUUGGCCCGAGCAUCAUACCUGUUUGACAAUGGAGCCACUGUCCUCUUUGCGAUUUUCAUGUCUCUAUGGGCUGCCUGUUUCCUUGAACACUGGAAGAGGCGGCAGAUGUGUCUGAAGCAUGCUUGGGACCUGACAAGCUUGGAUGUUGAAGAGGAGCGAGUCCAGGAGGAGCUAAGGCCUGAAUAUGAAGCUGCCCUACAAGAGAAAAGAGAGAAGAUGAGAGCAAAGAAUAAAAAGCUGAAGCAAACUGCGGCUGGUGUAGACGGAGAAACAGACAAGAUGCUGGCCACCAAGCGAGAGCCAGAGUCCCUGGACAUUGAGGAUCACCUGUCAGGUUACCUCAUUAACGUGUCCACCCUACUAUUUCUGAUUGGAGUAACCUUCUCAGCAGUGUUUGGGGUGGCAAUGUAUCGCAUCUGCAUGUUGACCGUGUGGUCCAUGAACCCCGAUCCUGAGGCGAAGGCCAGUGUAAGGAUGACCGUCACCACCACAGGCAUCAUCCUCAACAUGUUGGUGGUUCUGGUGCUGGAAGAGGUUUACGGAGCGAUUGCUGUGUGGCUGACUGAACUGGAACUCCCUAAGACAGAGGAAGAGUUUGAGGAGAGGCUCAUCUUCAAGUCUUUCUUCCUCAAAUCCAUGAACGCAUUUGCACCCAUUUUCUAUGUGGCCUUCUUCAAGGGCAGGUUUUCUGGACGGCCUGGCGAUUAUGUUUAUAUCUCUGGGGACUAUCGCAUGGAGGAGUGUGCUCCACCGGGCUGCCUCAUCGAGCUGUGCAUCCAGCUCAGUAUGAUCAUGCUAGGGAAGCAACUCAUCCAGAACAAUGUGUUUGAGGUUCUCGUACCAAAGCUGAAAAAGAUGUACAGAACGAUGCAGGAGGAAAAAGGAAAGAAGAAAAGAGCAGCCGAAGGUGAGGGGGGUGACAUGGAAGAGGAGAGGCCAAAGCAACAGUUCAACAAAGAUUUUGCCCUGGAGCCCUUUGAAGGCGUGAGCCCAGAAUACAUGGAAAUGAUCAUUCAAUAUGGAUUCGUGUCCCUGUUCGUGGCCUCCUUCCCUCUGGCACCAGCCUUUGCUCUGCUCAACAACGUCAUUGAGAUUCGCCUCGAUGCUGCAAAAUUUGUCACUGAGAUCCGGAGGCCUGACGCUGUGAGGUGUAAAGACAUAGGGAUUUGGUACAACAUUCUCUGUGGAAUCAGCAAGUUCUCUGUCAUUACAAAUGCAUUUGUCAUCUCCUUCACGUCGGAGUUUGUUCCAAAGAUUGUGUAUCAGUUCAUGUACAGUGUGAACGGCACGAUGAACGGCUACACAGAGCACUCGCUGUCCUACUUUAAUGUUAGCAACUUCCCAGCGGGAACCGCCCCCACAACCACACUCUUCACUGGAGUCUCCAUGUGCAGGUAUAAAGACUACAGAGACCCUCCGUGGGCACCAGAGGCCUACACCUUCUCUAAGCAGUACUGGUCUGUCCUGGCUGCAAGACUGGCCUUUGUCAUCUUUUUCCAGAACCUGGCCAUGUUCCUUAGCAUGCUGGUUGCAUGGAUGAUCCCAGACGUGCCGCGGUCUCUGCGGGAACAGCUAAAGAAAGAGAACAUGAUGCUGAUGGAUUUUCUGCUGAGUGACGAGCAAGCAGGAAGUGGCAAACCUGGUUCCCAACGACGUACCACCGUGUGCUUCCCAGCAAACAUAGACAUUGUAGUGGAAGAACCCCUGGAAGAAGCGAAACAAAAGCAAAUAGAAGUGGAGGCAGAGGCAGAGGCAGAGGAGGAGUUGGUGGUUGAGAUCGAUGUGGACAAACCCCGAAGGACCAGCAGCAGUGAUCCCGAACUUGAAAAGUCAGUCGAAAAAUCUGAAGAAGACAGAAAAGGAGUCGGAGGAGAUGAAGGUGGAGGACUAGAGGAGGGAGAAAGGAAAGAAGAUGGAGAAAUGACUAAAGAGGAUGACAAAGGUGACAAAGAAGAAGAGGGAGAAGAAGAUAAAGAGCACGGAGGAGAGAGAAAGGAGAAAGAAAAUGAAGCUGAAGUGAAGGCAGAAGAAGCGCAGCAUGUCACUGUUGAUCUGGAUGCCUUCAUGAAUGAAAUGGGCCUGUUAGGUGAGGAACCUUCAUCAAGCACAACUAGAGACACAGAGCUGCCUCAUUCAGGCUCCAAAGAGGAGUAUCAUGUUGACCACGAGCUCCCGAGACCUCCAUCUAAGAGAGGCUCAUCCCAGAGUCUGAAAUCCAAGGCAGAUCACAAGCUCUUCUCACUGAUUGGUCCUCCGCCUCCCAGAGAGCCAGGUUCUAGGACAAAUGCCCGCUGCUCCACCCUACCUUCUCGCCACAGAGGCGUUGAAGCGACAUACAGCCUGCCACGCCCCAGCCACUCCACCAGCCUCUCUAAGGUCCAGCAGAUGGCCACGUUAACUCCCGUCCGUGUUUCAUCCUCAUUAUCAGCUUCAACUAACCCAUUCUGUCCGGCCGACACAUCAGUGUCAUCCACAUCCCCACAUCCCACACAGCCCCCAGCUGCCCUCCCUGAUCUCCCCCAGCCCACAGCCCCCUCACGCAGUGAACUCUUCAUGCUCAAAGGCCCUCCACCUCAGCAGCCACGCUCCAGGGCCAAAGGCCGCUGCUCCACCUUGCCUGCCCGCCCCAGAGGCCCCAGCACUGAGGAGUGCUCACCCAAGCCAAGCCACUCCACAAGCUUUUCAAAGCUGGGAGACCGCAUCCCCCCAUCCCCCAGUGAACUGAGGCGUGACACCCAAGUAUGAGAAGAGAGACAGCGAGGGAGAGGGAAAGAGGGUGGCACAGGGAGGGGGAGGAAUAUCCAGAUUAGCCUCACCUUUCUUUGUGCCUGGAGCCUCACCCCUCCCUCUGCCCUCCCUGUCUUCAAACCCAUUACCUGGGGUCUACAAAGGGACUGUCCAGAUAAACUGAACUUUGUUUUUAUCAUGUUCAUAUUUGUGACAUUUAUACUGUUCAAUGGUUUAGUAUUGAUCUGGACAAGGGGAGUCAUGGACAAUUCAGAGCAGCACUGCAAUGCUCUGGAGCUCUCUUUGCCAUGCCUGAAGAAAAUACCAUUGAAAAUCAAACUCUUUCUACUUUUUUGUUUGUUGAUUGAUUGGUUUGUUAUGUAUUGGUUUGUUUUUGCCCACAGCUACAGCUCAGUAUCCACUGCUCCUCUGUUAGUCUCAGUCCCACACAUGCAGCAGUGCUGCCCUGUAGACCUGAGGCAGAUGGAAGCUACAGUAUAUACAGCACAACUAGUAUCACUUAUGCUUGCAUAUCUACUAUUUAUUUUUAGUGUUUUGAUAUAUAAAAUUGAUACAUAAAAUGAUAAUAAAAUAAGGACAUGUUUUUGAUA